ACUGUGACUUUAAAGGGGUGUUGGUUCGCUGAGAGGUAACAGAUAGGUUUAAUUUAGUCUCUAAGAACACAUCGUGCAUCUCGGAGCCUCUCUGCCGCUUUUUACCAGCGUUGUCUACAAAGCUUUCAAGACAUUCUCCCCCCAAAAAAGCUUUGCGUGUCAGCCGCUACACCCUUCCCGGAGCGAUGGGAGAGGCCGAGACGCGUCAGAAAUUGCUGCGCAAUGUGAAGAAAGAGGUGAAACAAAUUAUGGAGGAGGCGGUAACAAGGAAAUUUGUGCAUGCAGACAGCAGCCACAUCAUAUCCUUCUGUGCUGUAGUGGAGGCCUGCAUGCUUCAUGGGCUGAAGCGCCAUAUUGCAGGCCUGCUGUGUAGUAACAAGGUUGCAGCACUCUUCAUGAAGGCGGCAAAAAGCUUUUCGCCUGCUGAGGAACUCUGCCACAAGGUCCAGGAGCUGGAACAGCUCAUCGAAAACAGCAAGCAGAACAAUUCUUCACUGAGUAAUGACCGCAGUCGGCAAUCCAAGUUGGCCAACCUCCCUCCUCAGGCACUGAAACACCUGUGGAUCCGAACUGCACUCAUGGAGAAACUCCUGGACAAGAUUGUCCUGUACUUGGUGGAGAACAGCAGUGCCUUCUAUGAGAAAGAAGCCAUGUUGAUGGAUCCUGUGGAUGGACCAAUUCUUGCAUCUCUUUUGGUUGGCCCUUGUGCUUUGGAGUACACCAAAGUUAAGACCGCAGACCAUUUCUGGACAGACCCAUCUGCUGACGAGCUCGUACAGCGGCAUCGCAUCCACAGCGGCCACUGUCGGCAGGAUUCACCCUCCAGACGACCUGCCCUGAUCCAGAAGAGGCAGUCCAGUGGUAGCAUGGACGAUCGCCCUCUCAUGUGGGUGAGGGAUUAUGUUGAAUCACUCCACCAAAACUCCAGAGCCACACUUCUGUUUGGAAAGAACAAUGUCCUGGUGCAGCCGAGAGAUGACAUGGAGGCCAUCCCAGGCUACCUUUCUCUUCAUCAAACUGCAGACCUCAUGACACUGAAAUGGACGCCCAAUCAGCUGAUGAAUGGCAAUGUGGGAGAGCUAGAUUCUGAGAAAAGUGUUUAUUGGGAUUAUGCUAUGACAAUUCGUUUGGAUGAGAUUGUGUAUCUCCACUGUCAUCAGCAAGUGAACAGUGGUGGGACAGUAGUUUUAGUGAGCCAGGACGGGAUCCAGAGACCUCCUCUACAUUUCCCCAAAGGAGGCCACCUCCUCCAGUUUCUCACCUGCCUAGAGACCGGCUUGCUACCUCAUGGACAGCUGGACCCACCACUCUGGAAUCAGAGAGGAAAGGGAAAGGUUUUCCCCAAACUGCGAAAGAGGAGUCCACACGGCUCAUGUGAUUCUGUAUCAGAUAAGGAAGAUGAUGAAGCAACCGAUUAUGUGUUUCGGAUCCUGUUUCCUGGCAAUCAGAUGGAGUUCAUGGCUCUGGAGCUGAUGGACCAGGGUGUGAACAUGUGGCAACCAACGCCCAGAAAGUCCUCGUGCUCCUCCUGCUCACAGAAUGGCUCUUCUGAUGGCUCUCUGCCUAAUGGCUGUAAUCAGGAAAGGGCUCCCUUAAAGCUCCUUUGUGACACCAUGAAGUACCAGAUAAUCUCCCGUGCUUUCUAUGGAUGGCUUGCAUACUGCCGUCAUCUGUCCACAGUUCGUACCCACCUUUCUGCUCUGGUCAACACCACUAUUGUUGACCCUGAUAUGCCCUGUGGUGCCCAAGGAGGCCUCUCUGUGGAGGUCUGGGGCAGGUUCCUCAAGGACAGCUCUGCCUAUGAGGAAAAGGAGAUACACAGGCUUGUGUAUUUUGGUGGUGUGGCUCCUUCUCUACGCAAAGAGGUCUGGCCCUUCCUAUUGGGACACUACCAGUUCACCAUGACUGAGAAAUGCCGGAUUGAGAUUGAUGAGCAGAUGCGGAACAUGUAUGAGCAGACUAUGAAGGAGUGGCAGGGUUGUGAGGCCAUUGUCCGUCAGAGGGAGAGAGAGAAACAUGCUGAGGCCCUUGCCAGAUGUUCGUCUGGAGCCAGUGUGGAAAGAGGACCAGUGCAGCGGGACUCCACCAUCAGUACAGAUUCGUCUCUAAGUAGCAGCUCAGAUCAACAGAAUGCCCACUCACAAAGUGAUUCCAGCAGUAACGCACAGGUAUUUGAAUCGGUUGAGGCAGUGGAUCAGAUUGAGACUGAGCCCAGGGCUGAGGAAGGAGAAGUACAGCACAGUAGUCCACUGAAGGACAUCACCAGUGGCAAUGUAGGCGCCCCACAACUUCCCUCCUGCAACCCCUCCUCCCCAGGUCUGUCCAAUCACUGUCCCGGUUCAGAAAACAGCACUCUUGUUACGGAGUCAGCUGUUGGAUCUACAACCUUUCAGCAGACAGCGGAAGCAUCAGAAAUCUUAAAAAGGAAAACUACACCUGGAUCACAGCCAGCAGGGGAGGAUGCAAUGGACCCAGUAGCCAAGGACAAGGUUUUAGAGACCAAGAUGGAGACAGUUUCAGAAAGUGAGGUGGUUAAGGACUGUGGAAUCAGUAAGUCACAAGAGACAUCUGAAUCUGAAGAAAAACCUGAAGUAGAAGAAAAAGAUGUAACAAAAGAGCAAUCUGAAGAAUUAAAAGCAGUAGACACAAAUAUGAAUUUAAGAUGUGUUCCAGAGAACACUAAUGUUCUAAAGCUAGAAACAGAGAUUCAUAAUGAAUAUUUCCAAGCACCUCCACUUGGGCAGACCUUGACUUUUCAAGCACACAAGAGCAAAGUUUUGGAAGUGGAGCCAUUGUGUCCGCCCACAGCAGAAAAAGAUACUAAUCCACCAAGUGAAAUAAAGCCAGAGAUUCCUGAAAACCCUGAAACAACUUCUGAAAAAAACCCAUCACAAAUGACAAAGUCAGAAAGAAAGGAUGCUGAAGCAGCAGUUUGUGACUUGGCUGAAACCAAAAAAGCUGCAGAAAUUCCAUUUGAGAAACCUGGUUCAAAUUCACCUGUCAGACAAGUACUGAAUGCUCUUCAGUCAGCAUCAAGGGGGAGCCUUUCGUUAUCGUCCCACUCCCGGCAGUCCCCAGACACAGCAGAUUCAGAUGACUCUCCUUCUGCCCUAGAAAUGGAAGACAUUCCUGCAGGGAUAACGUGUGUGACCUCUGAGGAUAUCAAGGCCAGGCCUUUGGCAGACCUUGCUGCACCCCCUGUCUCCUUUGCACAAAGAGAGAAAAUGGCAUCAGUGGAUCUUGUCCUAGAUUACCAUCUGGACACAGCCUAUAACACCAGUCCUGAGGGCACCGACCUGGGCCUUUCAGAAGAGGAGCCUGAGAUGGAAAAUGUGCUCAUUGAACCAGAGUCUGCAGAGGUGGGAAGAGACACCAAACCCGAUGAAUCCUCAGAAGAACAAACCUAUUCUCAAGAAACACUGGACAUGUACUUGAUCAAUUUACAUCGCAUUGACAAAGAUGUCAGACGUUGUGACAGAGCAUAUUGGUACUUCACUCCUGAGAACCUGGAUAAGCUGCGUAACAUCAUGUGCAGUUACGUGUGGCAGCAUCUGGAUACAGGUUACGUCCAGGGCAUGUGUGAUCUGCUAGCUCCCCUGCUGGUUAUUCUGGACGACGAGGUCAUGGCAUUUAGCUGCUUUACUGAACUGAUGAAGAGGAUGAACCAGAAUUUUCCUCAUGGAGGUGCCAUGGACUCUCACUUUGCCAACAUGCGUUCUCUCAUCCAGAUCCUGGACUCUGAGCUGUUUGAAUUGAUGCAGCAGAAUGGAGACUAUACUCACUUCUACUUCUGUUAUCGCUGGUUUCUACUUGACUUCAAAAGAGAAAUGGUGUAUGAUGACGUGUUCUCUGUGUGGGAAACAAUCUGGGCGGCCAAGUAUACCUCCUCUGAGCACUUUGUGCUCUUCAUUGCUCUGGCACUCGUGGAGAUGUAUAGAGACAUCAUCCUAGAAAAUAACAUGGACUUCACAGACAUCAUCAAGUUCUUUAAUGAAAUGGCAGAGCGACACAAUGUCCCGCAGGUCCUGAUGAUGGCUCGAGACUUGGUCCACAAAGUGCAGACACUCAUAGAAAACAAGUGAUGCUGCUGUUCUGCUGAUGCUUCCACGUUUCUUUGUGCUAAAUUGUUACAAGAUACUGACACGACCACAUAAUAGUCAUGUAUUCAAGAGGAAAGGAAUCAGUGUUAAUGACACGAUUGGUACGUACUGAAACCCUAAAACUGCUCAUUAUUCUAAGAUAGUUGUGUAGCAACUUCUUUCCAGUUGCUCCUCUCUUUAUUCAGGAGAUGCAACUAUUGCCAGUAAAUUUAUUUUUGAAGUGUUAUUGUUCACCUAGUGAAUGUACCCUUGUUGAAACUGCUUCAGGUUGUUAUUUAUUUUGCCUUAAAAUUAGCAAUUUUUUCAGGGAUACAGCAACCAAAUUCUGCACUGUAUUGUUACGUAUAUUCUACAAGGUUAAUUUUGUUCCGUUAUACCAACCAUACAUCUUGUGAUGCACUUGAAUAUAUUUUCCGUAUUAUUAUUAUUUUGCUGAAAUUGUAGCUACCAUGCACUUGAAUAUAUUUUCAGUAAUAAUGUCUGGCAUUAGUAGAUGAUUGGGUUUUGUAAACAUUAGAAGUACAAGGUUGUGUCCAAGUAGCAUGUGUGGUUUGCUUCUCAAUAGCCAUGUUGAGGACCACUUGCUGGCUUCUCUGAGGCUUGAUGGUCCUUUCCCUGUGUUUGCCUCUGAUGCACACAAGUUUGCAGGAUAUCCAGACCGAACCUGUGAACUCUGUGCGGCAUGAUUGCACAUAGUUUGCAUAUACAGUAUCGCCCUUUUCUCUGGCACCCAACCAAGUUCUUAUACUGUGUGCUCCUUCCAUAUCUGACCUCCUCUAUGCAUUGAUUAAGGUGUGAUUCACCAUGCUUAAUUUCAUCCUUUGAACCCUCUCCUAGCUUUUAUUUCUGUGCAAACCAAUGGUUCUCUGGAAUCAACUGGUUCAAAUGGUUAAUGCAGACAGUACAUUCUUCUUACCGUAAAUAACACAAUGCUGCUCAGGCUGAAGAAUUCAGCUGCUGGUUUUCACGACAUCAAGACAGUGCCAACAGAUUCUGCUUCCUUGCAGCAUUGCGAGAGCUGCUGUGAUGGUUUGUUUUGAGCUGGUGGAAAACUCAAAGGGGUAUGCAAUAAAGGCAGCAUGCCUCCUCUGCACUUCUCUCCUUCACUAUCACCUUCAUCAGUUUCAUGUUUUUGCCCAAGCUUCAUUAUCACCUCAAGCUCUCUGUGUUCAUACCUGUUGAAAAGGAGCUCUGCUUGCUAACCACCUCUCAUUUAAGGCUUAAGCCAGUAUCACAUUCGUGGAUUCUUAUUCGACACCUUUCCUCAAUUAAAUUUUGUUUCCUGUAAAGCUAGUGUGUACCCAGUGUGUACCUCCUUCAUUUAUUCAUUUGAAAGAGCAGUCAAAUUGCGCUCAGCCUGCUGAAUUUUAACUGGUGCCCCCCAGUUCCUUGGAAGACUCACUUUCUGGCCAGACUGUUAUGGUCACCAGAUUUACACACUGCACACCUCUUAGCUUGAGUGAACACAUGAACUCCUCACUCAAGAGUUUCUGUUCAUUGUAAUGUAUUACAGUGCUGCUCACACUGUCAUAACUUCAGCUACUUCAUUAGCUUUUCACAGUCUAGCAAGUACCAGAAAGUCAAGUCAACUUAUUACAUUUAAAGGGUCGGUUCAGUGGUAGCUAGUCAGUGGUAUGUAGCCAUGAAGAUAUUUUCGGUUUUAUGUGUGCAGGUUUUAAGAUAUUCAGCACUGAAUCUUCUGCUGCUACUCCAAUACAGUGGAGGUGAAUUUAAUAGCAAUGUGUCUUCAAACAAUGUCCUGGAGAUGUCUUUAUAGUUUAAAGUGAAACUAUUUUUGUUAGACAGUAAUUCAAAAGUAAUCCCAGAAAGGUCUGUGAAUCUGAUCUGUUUGACAGAAAUCUCAGAUGGAUAUCCUAAAAUCUCAGCAGAUAAAUACAAAACUAUCUACAUGGCUGGAUACCUCCUUAAAUAUGUCAGAAAAUAUAAUUUAUUGGUGCCAUUCACAAUUGCAAAAUAGCCAAAACACACCCAUGUUUGGUUCACUGUGGCUUAAAUUCCAGUGUUUUGAUAUCACUGCUAAUGUGUCUCCAUAUGAUCUUCUAAAACAUGCCUGAGUAUUGCUGUUUGUGUCUUGCUGUAUUUGCUGUCAGAAGAUUUAUUGUAUACAAUGUGUUAAAGAGAAAUUGACUUAUUGUAUAACUAAGCUAGUACAUAUUUAUUAAAUGCAAUACAAUGUCUGUAUAUGGGCUUUAUCUGAUUAUGAUGAACAGAUAGAUAAAAAUAUGCCAUUGGAAAUAAAUAUAUAUUUAUUUUUUUUCUGUGUCUUCUCAAAUUGUCACCUGGUAUAAUUCAUUUAUUGCGUAUUAAAAAUAUUAUAUUUUGCA